GCCUUUUAGACGUUGAUCAAAGAAUGAGAAAGUGUAGCCGUUCGAUCCGAUAAAACGAUCAGAUGGGAUGAUAUUAUUAAUUUGAUCACCGCUUUAGGGCUUUUCAAGGGUUUCGCAAUCUUCGGUAAUGGCGAUGGAACCGCCAUCGAAAAAGAAGAAGAAAGGUCACGCUCCGGAAGCUCAAUUCCGGCGAGCUCUCGACACAUGCUCCCGCAACGGCGACCUCAGUGGCGCUCUUGAUCUCUAUCGAGCUGCUAUCUCCAAUGGUACACAUCUCAUCUCAUACCAUUUCAACAACAUCCUCCAUCUCUGCUCUUCCUCCCUUGAAACCCUACCUUCCCCUGAUAAGCCUUCCGCCAUUAGUUCCGGUUUCGAGAUCUUCAACUGCAUGAUCGCUCAUGGCACACUCCCCACCGAGGCCACCAUCACCUCCAUGGCCCGGAUCGCUGCCCACCGAAUCGAAGGUGGUGGGGAUCUCGCUUUCGACCUCGUGAAAACACUGAAAGAAAAGUACGGUGCUUCGCCGAAACUGAGAACCUACGGCCCGGCGCUCUUCUGGUUUUGCAAAAAUUUGGAUGCGGAUAAGGCUUAUGAUGUGGAGAAUCAUAUGGUUCUGAAUGGAAUUUCUCCCGAGGAGCCGGAGAUUGCUGCAUUGUUGGAUGUAAGCGCGAGGUUGGGAAGAGAGGAGAAGGUUUAUGAGUAUCUGCUGAAGUUGAGGGGUUCCGUGGCAUGUGUCUCGAGAUCAACUGCGGAAGUAUUGGAGAGAUGGUUUGGGAGUGAGAGCGCAAGGGAGGUCGGGAGGUUGGGAUGGGAUGUGAGUGCUGUAAGGGAUGCGAUCACAGUGAAUGGAGGAGGUUGGCAUGGACUGGGGUGGCUGGGAAAGGGGAAGUGGAGAGUUUCUUGGGGAAGUGUGGGAUUCGACGGCAGGUGUUCUUGUUGCUCAGAGACACUGGCUUGUGUGGAUAUCACUCAGAAAGAGACCGAGAUGUUUUCUGACUCAGUGGCCUCUCUUGCUAUGUCAAGGGAGACAUGGUCGAAUUUUACAAAUUUUCAGGAUUGGUUGGGCAAACAUGCUGCCUAUGAAGCUAUUGUGGAUGGGGCUAAUGUUGGGCUUUAUCAACAAAAUUUUGCUGACGGUGGAUUCAGUUUGUCUCAGCUUGAUGCCGUUGUUAAUGAGCUAUAUAAAAGAAGCCAUGGGAAAUGGCCACUUGUUAUAUUACAUAAUAAGCGGGUGCGUGUGUUCAUGGAAAAUCCCUCAGCAAAGGAGUUGAUUGAGACUUGGAGAGCUAAGGGAAUAUUAUAUACGACGCCAAGUGGAUCAAAUGAUGAUUGGUAUUGGCUCUAUGCAGCAGUUAGGCUCAAGUGUUUGCUCGUGACUAAUGAUGAAAUGAGAGAUCACAUAUUUGAGCUCCUCGGGAGUAACUUUUUCCCCAAGUGGAAAGAGCGACAUCAGUUAUUAUUCCCCAGAAAGGUUAAAUAUACAUUUGCAAAAGGGGUUUUGGUGCUACAUAUGCCACCCACAUAUUCCUCAGUCAUUCAGGAGUCAGAAACAGGGUCAUGGCACAUUCCCAUAGAGGACAAGAACGCCGAGGAGGGACGGAGACUUUGGUUGUGUGCAACACGAUGUGGGGCAUGUGACAAUGGCUGUGAUGAUAAUCUGCCUGGUGGCAGUUGCCAGAUACUACGGAGCCUGCCUGAAAUGCAGAGUGUUGCUGCAGUGAAACAUGCCAAUGGUGCGCAGCGAUCCGGGUCACCAGAUCAGUCAGAUAAUAAAUCAACUGAUCAACCAGGUGAUAAUUGAUGCCACCAUUAGAUUCCCAUGAUAUUUAUUAUUAUUAGUAGGCUUGUUGUAACCGACCCGUUUGAGAUGAUGGAAAGCCAAUUCAGACAAGCAAUUUGCCACGGAUUCCAACCACCAAACGCCUUAAAAGAGGGGCCGUGUGUUGCCAGGUAAACCUCUUUUAUCUGUUGACCUUAUCUUAUAUUCUUUACUGCCUUGAGGCUUGUAACUUGUAAGCGUCUACGGAUUUUUUCUUCUUUGUUUUCAAAAACUAUGGAAAUUCCAAUAAGUAGUGGUAAGGCUGUGUUGUUUCUAUGGCAAAACAAGCAGCUGUAAAGAGUGAUAUAAGUAGUGGAAAUAAAUAAAUAAAUAAAAAACAUGGGUUUUAUAUGAACAAUUUACAA